ACAUAUUCUUUAAUAUGCUUAAGUAUUUCAAAGAUGUAUAAAUUAAUUGCGAUUUUUGCAUAUUUCGUGGUGUGUGACGCGUGCUUGCCUUACAAUUUCGAGUAUGGUUAUAGGGACAAUUUCACAAACACAGCUGGUAUGUGUAAUGGCCUGUCAAUGUGGGACCUUAAGACAUAUUCAGAUAUAGGAUUAGACCCUCCGCAUUGGCUGAGUGAGAAGUUUAUUUCCCCAAAUAGGCAGCGGUUGAGUUGCGUGGCUUCUUUUACUUUUGAAGGAAGUGAAAGAGGGCGUGUAGAUAUCAAUGCAUACAUGCAGUCGAGUGAGCAGGAUCAAAUCACAAUUAUGGUGAAUGCAGUGAGGGAGAUUGGUGAUGCUACUUUUGGAAGCAUUAUGUUGGGGCCCACAGUCACGCCAAACUUUUAUUCGGGCUGGCAUAAGUUACGAAUCGACAUUAUGGAAGGUUCCGGGAAUUUUACCGGAUAUAUAACAAUGCUUGGGAUAGCUGCUUCUAAUUCUAUUGUAUUAAUCGACUCAUUUCGAUAUAUACCACCAGAUUUCGAAGGGGAAUGUAAUAUUUAUGAUACUACAACUACUCCUACUACACCUGAAGAUACGCCGUCCACUCCUGAAGAUACACCGUCCACACCUGAAGAUACACCAUCUACACCAGAAGAUACCCCAUCGACACCAGAAGACACACCGUCCACACCAGAAAAUACCCCUUCAACACCAGAAGACACACCAUCUACACCUGAAAAUACCCCUUCAACACCAGAAGACAGACCGUCCACACCUGAAGAUACCCCUUCAACACCAGAGGACAUACCAUCUACACCUGAAAAUACCCCUUCAACACCAGAAGACACACCAUCUCCGCCGGAAAAUACCCCUUCAACACCAGAAGAAACACCAUCUACACCUGAAAAUACCCCUUCAACACCAGAAGACACACCGUCCACACCUGAAGAUACCCCUUCAACACCAGAAGACACACCAUCCACACCAGAAAAUACGCCUUCAACACCAGAAGACACACCGUCCACCCCUGAAGACUCCCCUUCAACACCUGAAAAUACCCCUUCAACACCAGAAGACACACCAUCUACACCGGAAAAUACCCCUUCAACACCAGAAGACACACCGUCCACACCUGAAGAUACCCCUUCAACACCAGAGGACGCACCAUCUACACCAGAAAAUACCCCUUCAACACCAGAAGACACACCGUCCACACCUGAAGAUACCCCUUCAACACCAGAGGACACACCAUCUACACCGGAAAAUAGCCCUUCAACACCAGAAGACACACCAUCUACACCGGAAAAUACGCCUUCAACACCAGAAGACACACCGUCCACACCAGAAGAUACCCCUUCAACACCAGAAGACACACCGUCCACACCUGAAGAUACCCCUUCAACACCAGAAGACACACCAUCCACACCAGAAAAUACGCCUUCAACACCAGAAGACACACCGUCCACCCCUGAAGACUCCCCUUCAACACCUGAAAAUACCCCUUCAACACCAGAAGACACACCGUCCACACCUGAAGAUACCCCUUCAACACCAGAAGACACACCAUCCACACCAGAAAAUACGCCUUCAAGACCAGAAGACACACCGUCUACACCAGAAGAUACCCCUUCAACACCAGAAGACACACCGUCCACACCUGAAGAUACCCCUUCAACACCAGAAGACACACCAUCCACACCAGAAAAUACGCCUUCAACACCAGAAGACACACCAUCCACCCCUGAAGGCUCCCCUUCAACACCAGAAAAUACGCCUUCAACACCAGAAGACACACCGUCCACACCUGAAGAUACCCCUUCAUCACCAGAGGACGCACCAUCUACACCGGAAAAUACCCCUUCAACACCAGAAGACACACGGUCCACACCAGAAAAUACGCCUUCAACACCAGAAGACACACCAUCCACACCUGAAGAUACCCCUUCAACACCAGAAGACACACCAUCUACACCGGAAAAUAUCCCUUCAACACCAGAAGACACACCGUCCACACCUGAAGAUACCCCUUCAACACCAGAGGACAUACCAUCUACACCUGAAAAUACCCCUUCAACACCAGAAGACACACCGUCCACACCUGAAGAUACCCCUUCAACACCAGAAGACACACCGUCCACCCCUGAAGACACCCCUUCAACACCUGAAAAUACCCCUUCAACACCAGAAGACACACCAUCUACACCGGAAAAUAUCCCUUCAACACCAGAAGACACACCGUCCACACCUGAAGAUACCUCUUCAACACCAGAAGACACACCAUCUACACCGGAAAAUAUCCCUUCAACACCAGAAGACACACCGUCCACACCAGAAGACACACCAUCUACACCGGAAAGUACCCCUUCAACACCAGAAGACACACCGUCCACACCUGAAGAUACCCCUUCAACACCAGAGGACGCACCAUCUACACCGGAAAAUACCCCUUCAACACCAGAAGACACACCAUCUACACCUGAAAAUACCCCAUCAACACCAGAAGACACACCGUCCACCCCUAAAGACACCCCUUCCACCCCUGAAGACACCCCUUCAACACCAGAAGACAGACCGUCCACACCUGAAGAUACCCCUUCAACACCAGAGGACAUACCAUCUACACCUGAAAAUACCCCUUCAACACCAGAAGACACACCGUCCACACCUGAAGAUACCCCUUCAACACCAGAAGACACACCGUCCACCCCUGAAGACACCCCUUCAACACCUGAAAAUACCCCUUCAACACCAGAAGACACACCAUCUACACCGGAAAAUAUCCCUUCAACACCAGAAGACACACCGUCCACACCUGAAGAUACCCCUUCAACACCAGAAGACACACCAUCUACACCGGAAAAUAUCCCUUCAACACCAGAAGACACACCGUCCACCCCUGUAGGCUCCCCUUCAACACCAGAAAAUACGCCUUCAACACCAGAAGACACACCGUCCACACCUGAAGAUACCCCUUCAUCACCAGAGCACGCACCAUCUACACCGGAAAAUACCCCUUCAACACCAGAAGACACACCGUCCACACCAGAAAAUACGCCUUCAACACCAGAAGACACACCGUCCACCCCUGAAGACACCCCUUCAACACCUGAAAAUACCGCUUCAACACCAGAAGACACACCAUCUACACCGGAAAAUACCCCUUCAACACCAGAAGACACACCGUCCACACCCGAAGAUACCCCUUCAACACCAGAAGACACACCAUCCACACCUGAAGAUACCCCUUCAACACCAGAAGACACACCAUCUACACCGGAAAAUAUCCCUUCAACACCAGAAGACACACCGUCCACACCUGAAGAUACCCCUUCAACACCAGAAGACACACCGUCCACCCCUGAAGAUACCCCUUCAACACCAGAGGACGCACCAUCUACACCGGAAAAUACCCCUUCAACACCAGAAGACACACCAUCUACACCUGAAAAUACCCCAUCAACACCAGAAGACACACCGUCCACCCCUGAAGACACCCCUUCCACCCCUGAAGACACCCCUUCAACACCAGAAGACAGACCGUCCACACCUGAAGAUACCCCUUCAACACCAGAGGACAUACCAUCUACACCUGAAAAUACCCCUUCAACACCAGAAGACACACCGUCCACCCCUGAAGACACCCCUUCAACACCUGAAAAUACCCCUUCAACACCAGAAGACACACCAUCUACACCUGAAAAUACCCCUUCAACACCAGAAGACACACCAUCUACACCGGAAAAUAUCCCUUCAACACCAGAAGACACACCGUCCACACCUGAAGAUACCCCUUCAACACCAGAAGACACACCAUCUACACCGGAAAAUAUCCCUUCAACACCAGAAGACACACCGUCCACACCUGAAGACACCCCUUCAACGCCUGAAAAUACCCCUUCAACACCAGAAGAUACACCAUCUACACCGGAAAAUACCCCUUUAACACCAGAAUACACACCAUCUACACCGGAAAGUACCCCUUUAACGCCAGAAGACACACCGUCCAAACCUGAAGAUACCCCUUCAACACCAGAAGACACACCGUCCACCCCUGAAUACACCCCUUCAACACCUGAAAAUACCCCUUCAACACCAGAAGACACACCAUCUACACCGGAAAAUAUCCCUUCAACACCAGAAGACACACCGUCCACACCUGAAGAUACCCCUUCAACACCAGAAGACACACCGUCCACCCCUGAAGACACUCCUUCAACACCUGAAAAUACCCCUUCAACACCAGAAGACACACCAUCUACACCGGAAAAUAUCCCUUCAACACCAGAAGACACACCGUCCACACCUGAAGAUACCCCUUCAACACCAGAAGACACACCGUCCACCCCUGAAGACACUCCUUCAACACCUGAAAAUACUCCUUCAACACCAGAAGACACACCAUCUACACCGGAAAAUAUCCCUUCAUUACCAGAAGACACACCGUCCACAAGUGAUGAUACUAGCACAUUAGAGCCAACAGACCCAACGACAAGUCCAGUAUUGGCUGAUCCCUACAGCUUUUGGAACCCCUUCACAAUAACAAUGGUGGUAUUAAUAACUUUAAUAUUUUUGUUACUUGUUUCAAGUAUUUGCUUCUAUUUAGGAGUGAAAAGAGGUCGAAGUAAGAACAUCGUAAUAUUGCCAGAAUUUGAUGAUUUACCAAGAUCAAUGGUUAUACCACGAGUUGAGAGAAUUGGUAACCCUUCGAUAUUGCCCUAUUUAGCGUAAAUAAUUUAUAAAUAUAAGGUAACAAGAUCUUAUUUAAUUUUAAUUAUUUGGUUAUAAGGACAAUUGUGAUUUGCCUAUAAGUAGUAUUACCUGUGUAUAUAUUUUAGAUUUACGUGUAAAUUAUUUUAUACAUAUGUAUUACUCUAUACUAAUAAUACGCCUAUUUUAAACGUGGUAAACAUUAAAAUACAGAUU